AUGAUUGGAACUUAUUUCAAAGUCAUUCAAUGUUCUUAUGACGAACGCAAACACAUUUACAUUGGAAAACUUCAACUAGAUAUCGAUUCUUCUUUAGAAAGAAAACCUGAUUUGACAGGAAUGACAUCGCGACAAACAUUGAAAGCUGGUGUGAUUGAUAUUUCGACGAAUUUGUAUCGAGUCGGUGAACGAGAUAUCAAUGUUAUUUUCAAUCAGCUUAAUCAAUUGUUUCCUCAUGAAAAACAAUGGCUAAAUGCAGUUCAUUCUCAUACGCUCGCCGUAUUGUAUCGACAAUUUCAUGUUAAACAUCAUCCGGAAUAUGUUGAUAUCACUUUGUCGAAUUCUCAAUAUGCAUUGAACAUUUAUCAAUCAUAUUUAGAUGAUUGUGAACUGAAUUUUCGAGUUAAUAUUGCUGGUAUUUAUUUAGCUAUGGGUUCUAUAUAUCGAAUCUAUGUCAAAGAUGACGAACUUGCUAACCAACAAUAUGAUCGUGGAAUUGAAUUUUGUGUUUUUUAUCACUUCAAAUAA